ACCGAUGAGGGUAAAAAAAUUUGUAAAAAAUUCAAGGCCUAUCCGGAUAAAGUGGCGAUUAAACAUUACCAUAACGGUGAGUUCAACAGAGAUUACGAAAGGCCGAGAAAGUUGGCUACGAUGGUACGAUUUUUGUCUGACCCGACCGGGGAACCAGCAUGGGAAGAAGAUCCUGCUAGCGUAGACGUCGUCCACAUGCACUCGUCGAAAGCUUUGCUGUCUUAUUUAAAGAAAGAAAAGCUGCCCGUUUUCGUCAUGUUCUACGCACCGUGGUGCACCCACUGUAAGAAAUUGAAGUCUCCUUUCGCAGAGGUGGCUACUGAACUGAAGGGAAAAACGGUGCUGAUAGGCGUUGACCUGAUGGAACAGGAAAAUCGACCGAUUGAGUCCGUCUACAAUAUCACCGGCUUUCCGACCCUUCUCUACUUUGAGAACGGCCAUUUCAAGUUCCAGUACAACGGGGAACGCGAUAAAGAGAGCAUUUUAAAGUGGCUGAAGAGUCCAGCUUUCUCUGAAGUCCCUGGCGAGCCGUCGUCGUGGGCCGACGAAAAAUCAGACGUUGUUCAUCUGAGUGAUGCGACGUUCGAUUCGUUCAUUGCCAAGCAGUUAAACGCGAUCGUCAUGUUCUAUGCCCCAUGGUGUGGCCAUUGCAAAAAGUUGAAACCUGCAUACACGGAAGCAGCCAGAAUGCUGAAGGAAAGUUCUGUUCGAGGCACGUUUGCCGCCAUUGACGCUACGACUAACCCAGGCGUAUCGGAGCGAUUUAAACUACAGGGUUAUCCUACGCUGAAGUACUUUCAGCACGGCACGUUUGUGAUGGAUGUUGACGAACGAAGCGCAGACGGUUUGGUCAAUUUCAUGUCUAACCCUCCUGACGCGUCGAAAAUUCCGUCGACUCCCGCACCGCCAGCGCAGGAGGAAAUGGACUGGGGCAACGUCGUGCAACUGACAUCGGCUUCUUUUCAGGGCGAGCUGCGAAGCAAAAAGUUCGCCUUGGUGAUGUUCUAUGCGCCAUGGUGUGGACACUGUAAGGCUGCAAAACCAGAAUUUAUCGCGGCAGCUCAAAGCUUUUCCGGGGAGAGCAGGGUGGUAUUCGGUGCCGUCGACUGCACUGUAGAAAACAACCUUUGCUCGGCGUACCACGUCCAAGGAUUUCCGACUAUUAUUUUCUUCAGUUACUUGAAACUGCAGAUACCGUAUAAUGGACAGCGAGCGGCAACCGAUUUUAUUGGCUUCAUCAAAUCUCGAAUAUCCUCUGAAGAAGCAGAGCAAGAAAAAAGUGACCAUGAGACUCCGUUGAACCAGGUGACUGAAUUUGGCAAGGACGUAUUUGUGCUGACGCCGGAAAACUUUGCCCCAAAGUUGGAACCACUCGACAAGGCCGUCGUAUUCUUUCACGCCGAUUGGUGUGUACACUGCCAAAAUGCGAAGGAGGCAUACAGUAAAGCGGCGACCAAGCUGCGCAACAAAAUAUUGCUUACGUCCUUCUCGUGUACGGAGUACCCAGGGUUCUGCAUGGAACACGGCUUAAUGGGCUACCCUUCGAUUUUCUUCUAUGCCAACGGCAAACUUUCCGCGAUUUACAACGGCGACCGGUCGACUAAAAGCUUCGUGGAAAAAUUUUCCGGCGAACCAGACAAAAUGGAACAAAAAUCGAAAACCGAGUUAUAG